GUACGAUAUACAUCAUACACGAUUCCUUAAUGUGGAAACCGACCAAACCGGUCGUUAAACUUUGCCCUUAUAAAUACAGAAUACACUUCAUGUUCUUCCCUUAAAAAUCCAUCAUUCUCUCUUCCUCUCUGCUCUCUCUUUACCUUAAACCGUACCAAACCGUAUUGAUUGAUAAUAUUGCACGGUGCGAUCGUAAAUCUUUGUGUACUAAGGUGUCUUUUGAGAUGAAUACGCAGCGUAAGUCGAAGCAUCUUAAGACCAAUCCAACCAUUGUUGCCUCUUCUUCUGAAGAAGUGAGCAGUCUUGAGUGGGAAGAAAUAGCAAUGGCUCAGGAAGAAGAGGAUUUGAUUUGCAGGAUGUAUAAGCUUGUCGGUGAAAGGUUUUUCAUGUUUUCUCUUAUUCCUUAACAUUUUUUUUGGUUAAAUCUUUCAAUAUAUGUGAUUUUAAUAAGGGAAUUGAAGAUUAGUUUGUUUGUUUGUAAAGGUGGGAUUUAAUAGCUGGGAGGAUUCCAGGAAGAACAGCAGAAGAGAUUGAGAGGUUUUGGGUGAUGAAGAAUCAUCGAAGAUCUCAAUUACGUUGAUGGCCAACUCUUAUAUCAUUUUUAUAAUAAUGAGAGAGAAAAGAAUGAAAAAUAUACAUAUAUAUUCGUUGGUAAUUCUGCAGUUUUGUUCCUGAGUUUUGAAGUAGUUGUGUGUUCGGGAUUUUAUGAAUCACGAAUGGAACCUUUAAUAAAUUGAAGGUAAAGUUUUAAUCAAUCAUAAAAAAUAAUUUGUGGAUAUGUAUUGGCUUGUAGCACUGAGCCUGAGGCAUAAGAAAAAGAUUGCUGGGCCUAAAUUAGGCAUGUGAUAAAACCG